AUGGAUGACAAAAGGGUGGCUGAUUAUUUUGUGGUUGCUGGUUUAGACUGGAAUGUGCAACCUCUGGCACCUCUAGAAGAAGUUUUUCCUAACGAGACAUCUCUAAAGUCAACACCAACCCAGAGACAAGACCCAAUUGUCGAUCUGGCUGUCAUUGACAGGACAUUAGGAGAACCAAUACCGACCAAUUUCAGAUGCAUCGAGUUUACCCCAACUAAUUUUCCAGCGGAUUUGAAUCAUGGGAGUUUGAGGGCCCAUGAAAUGUACCUUUGCUACAGAAGAGGUAGAGAUAAACCAGCCAUUUUGGAUAUUGGGGUCACCUACGAAAAUAAAGAUUGCAAGGAAAAAUUGCUACCAGGGUGUGAGGUCAUCUACUGGACGCCCCAGGCUAACUCGGCCAAUGUCAACAACGGCAGCGGCAGUCUGAAAAUAUUUGUAACUUUUAGGAGAUCUAGUACUUUUGCCCCCAUCGAUAUCCUUGUCGUCACUGAGAUCUGUGUUAUUCUGCCUAAUAAGGGUGAAACAGCACCACACGCUCACUGCAUGAUAGAUAAGAAUCUCAACAAAGGAAUUAUGGGCUCAGAUGUCUUCCUUUGCUACAAGAAAUCCAUGGCUAAGUUAAACUGUUUAACGUUUAAACCAUCCCUAUUAGGCCAUUACCCCUUGGAAGACAUACCCCAACUACCUCUACCCCAGCAAGUUGCCAUGUUUUGCCUCCCUAUGGGUGCCACCCUGGAAAGUUGGUCCCCUCAAAGACAGUUCCCCACUCCAGUUUUUUCCACCUUCAUACUAACCACAGGACUGGCUGCUGAAAAAGUUUACGGGGCUGCCGUAACGUUUUAUGAAAAAUUAGCUCCGGACAAAUUAAAGUUGCUCGACCAGGCGCAAAGAUCGGGGCUGGGAAUUGAAAAAGAGGCAAUGAAUGGAAGUGCUGGGGAGGAUUAUGGUGCUAAUAAAAGUAUUUGCCUCCUAUCAAGGUUGCCAUUUUUUGAGACUUUCAAGAAAUUUUUGCUCUACAUUUAUAGGAUGGUUUUCGGGAGGGUAGAUGAUUUGUCACAGUAUAUUCCUAUUGAAAGACAUAUUUCUCAUUUCCUGACGAGAAUCCCCUUGCCAUCCAUCCAAAGACCUCGAAUAAUGAUACAGCUCUCAUCCACCUCCAUCCUGCUCACACAACCAGACGAGACCCCAUUGCCCAAAAGCGGGGCGUCCUUCAUAGACGUGUUGAAGAACCUGGGCCCCACUAACAGUACCCUGUUACUUCUGAGCGUUUUGAUGGAGCAUAAGAUAUUAGUGCAUUCGUUGAGGCCAGCCGUACUGACCAGCGUCUCCGAAGCUAUCUCUGCUAUGAUUUUCCCACUGCAUUGGCAAUGCCCAUACAUUCCACUUUGUCCAAUUGGUUUAUCUUAUGUACUUCAUUCGCCCACACCUUUUAUUAUUGGCAUUGAUUCGCGAUAUUUUGACACGUACGACUUGCCUAGUGAUGUUACCUGCAUCGACUUAGACACAAAGACAUUCACCGUAUCUGAAGACAGAAGAUCGCACAAUAUAAAAUUGCUACCAAAAAAACCGGCCAAACUCUUGAGAUCAACUCUUGAGAAACUGAACAACCAACUGCUGGCAAGCACAUCCCUAUCUAGCCCCCAGUCUCUUAUUCCAUCCAAGUCGAGAUCGGCGAGCAAUACGUUUUCACUCGACGAUUCAUUCAAUGUAGCGUUGGAAAUAUCGAUCAGAGAGGCUUACUUGAGGUUUAUGGCGGCUAUAUUGAAAGGUUACAGCGGCCACCUCCUGCCAAUCACUAAUGCUCCUUCAGUUGGGAAUAUGAGUCUAAAUUCACUUUUUGAUGUUGUUGGUUUCGUAAAAUCACGUGACAAAGCCUACAACAAAUUUUAUGCCCUCCUACUGAAGACUCAAGCAUUCAGUCGCUUCAUAGAAGAGCGAUCCUUCGUGUCUGAUAAAGAUUCCAGCUUGGCAUUUUUUGAUGACUGCCUGGAAAGAGUGGACGAUUGUGGAAAUGUGGUGAUCAAAAGUAGCAGCGGCAGCCAAUCACGCGACUUCACCAAUCCACCAUCCGCCACGACACCCUUCCAAAACCGGGUCAACCAUCGCCAUCAGCAAAGUGGGUCAACGACAGCAACGUCAUCAGCUGAUCAGGUGAAAGUAGGUGCAAAGUUCGCUGGGUACAGCAGUCCUAUGGUCUGUAGGACGCACCAUGAGAUCAAGCAGUCGCAAAAGUUUGGCUUGAAAUACGCCAGCGUACCUCAAGCCUGGGCUAAAUAUCUGGCAUGGCAUUGUUACAGUCUGUGGUUCAUCCAUCUGUCAUCCUAUGCUCGCUACGUUCACUCCAAGUCGAAAGUUUUGAAAUCAGCGUUUGAUGUCCUGGUCAGUAUGCAGUCUGCCAGGCUCCAACCUCCGGAUGAGGUAUGUUAUAGAGUGCUUAUGCAGUUGUGUGGCAUCUACCAUCAGCCGGUCCUGGCCGUGAAGGUUCUCUUUGAAAUGAAAAAGAGAGGCAUCCAACCAAAUGCCAUCACCUAUGGCUUCUAUAAUAAGGCAGUCCUCGAAAGCAAAUGGCCGACUUCAAACUCGACACCUGAUCAACUCUGGAACAAACUUCGAAACGUCUUGAUGGCGGUGGCCAGGUUCAAACGA